AUGGAGCAUGAUCAAGACCAAGAAGCUCUAUUUCAUUCAUACCCUUUUGCAUAUUACGUGCAAAGCCCAUCAACCAUCUCCCAUGCCAACAGUGCUGAUAUCCGGAACACCAUCCCCGAAUCUGAAUUCCAAUCCCCAACCCGACCUGAACCAACAAACCCGACCCUUCACGAAGAAGCCUCCCGCUUCACUCUCUCACACUACUCCUCCUCCCGCGGAUCCAGCCACUCAUUCUUGCACCAGAAGAAGAUCUCAUACGACGCACGUAGCAACGGAACGGGCACCGAAAAUGGAGUAAACCGUUUGAUUAUUGUGGACGGUGGUGGCAAAGGCGAUGAUGGUGGUGAUGAAGAUGAUGAUGAUGAUGAAUAUUACUAUGGGGUGAGAAAAACAGCAGGGUGGUGGAAGACGUAUUGUUCAUAUCGUAAUUCAGAUUCGUGUGUAUGGAUUUGUAUGCAAAUAAGUUGGAGGGCUAUGUUGAGCUUGUGCGUUGCAUUGCUUGUGUUUUACAUUGCUACAAAGCCCCCUCCACCCAAAGUGUCAAUUAAGAUGGCAGGAAUUGGCGCAUUUGGACUAGGGGAAGGUGUGGAUGGCUCGGGUGUCACAACUAAGAUCCUCACCUGCAAUUGUUCCAUGAAUCUAAUAAUAGACAACAAAUCGAAGCUCUUUGGCCUUCACAUUCAUCCUCCAACAAUCCAAAUGCGCUUCGGCCGCCUACCUGUUGCUUUAUCACAUGGACCAAAGCUAUAUGCUGCUGAGAGUGGGUCAUCAAAAUUCAAGUUAUAUGUUGGAACAAGGAAUAAGCCAAUGUAUGGUGCCGGAAGAAGCAUGGAGGACAUGCUUGAGUCAGGGAAGGGUUUGCCAUUGGUCCUUCGAGUGAGUUUGCACUCAAGUUUUCAUGUCGUUUGGAACCUUAUUAAGCCUAAAUUCCACCACCAAGCUGAAUGCUUGCUUGUCCUUCAUAGGGCAUAUGAUAAAAAGCAUCGCACUCAGACAUACAAUAGCACCUGCAUAAUGACUUAG